AAAUAAAUAAAAAAAAGGAGAUUAUUUAUAAAUUUUUAUAAAUUUCUAAUUGAAAUAAAAGGAAUAAAUAAUAAAAAAUAAAUAAUCAUGAGUCCAAGUGCUGGUAGAAAACAACCUCCACCAAGGAUUAUGGUGUUUAAUCCAACGUGGGAAGAAUUUAAAGAUUUUUCAAAAUAUGUACAAUAUAUGGAAAGUCAAGGUGCCCAUAAAGCUGGACUAGCAAAAGUAAUACCACCACCAGAAUGGGUACCACGUAAAGAUGGUUAUAAUCUUGAUAAAUUAGAUAUGAUUAUUAAAGCACCAAUAUGCCAAGUUGUUACUGGUAAACAAGGUCUAUAUCAACAAAUAAAUAUACAAAAAAAAGCAAUGACAGUACAGGAAUAUGAAAAAUUAGCAAACUCUGAAAAAUAUUCAACACCAAAACACUUUGAUUAUGAUGAUUUAGAACGUAAAUAUUGGAAAAAUAUAACUUAUAAUCCACCAAUAUAUGGUGCUGAUGUAUCUGGUACAUUGACUGAUCCAACAGUUAAAGAAUGGAAUAUAAAUCAUUUAGGCACAAUACUUGAUUAUGUCAAUAAAGAUUAUGCCAUAACAAUUGAUGGUGUUAAUACAGCAUAUUUAUAUUUUGGUAUGUGGAAAACAACAUUUGCCUGGCAUACCGAAGACAUGGAUUUAUAUUCAAUUAAUUAUUUACAUUUUGGUGCACCAAAAACAUGGUAUGCAAUACCACCAGAUAAUGGACGUAGACUUGAAAGAAUGGCUGAAGGUUUUUUUCCAGGUAAUGCACAAAUAUGUUCAGCAUUUUUACGACAUAAAAUGUCAUUAAUAUCACCACAUGUAUUAAAAAAAUAUACAAUACCAUUUAAUAAAAUAACCCAAGUUGCUGGUGAAAUAAUGAUAACAUUUCCAUUUGGUUAUCAUGCUGGUUUUAAUCAUGGUUUUAAUUGUGCUGAAUCAACAAAUUUUGCACAACCAAGAUGGGUUGAAUAUGGUAAACGUGCAACAAAAUGUACAUGUAAUAAUGACAUGGUUAAUAUAUCAAUGGAUACAUUUGUCAAACGUUUUCAACCAGAACGUUAUGAUUUAUGGUUACGUGGUGAAGAUGUUGGUUGUCAUCCAGAAGAUAAUAGAUUAACAGCAGCACCAAUGCCAUCACGUAUGGAUUUAUUAUGUUCAAAUGAUAAUGAAGAAGAGCUACCAGAAAGUUAUUUAAAUGCACCUAAAAAUAAAAGACAUAGAAUACAUAGAAAAAAAACAUUAACUGGUAUUGCUGAUGAUGCACUUGUUAAUCCAUCUGGUAUACCAGAUGAUGUUAAAAAAGUAUUACAAGAUCUUGAAAUGGAAGAAGACAUUGAAAUACGUCAACCAGAUGAACAACAACUUGAGGCACUUGAAGAUAUAUGGUUUAAAGCUGGUGAAAUUGAAGUUGAUGAAAGUUUAUAUGAUGAUGGUGCUAAUCGUAAAAAAAAUAAAAAGAGAAAAAAAAAAUAUGUUGGUGGUAAUGGUGAAAAACUUAAAAAUGGAGGUAUUAAAAUAAGAAAACCAAUUAAAACUGAAAUUGAUUCUGAUGUUACAAGUACAUCUAACAACAAUAAUAACAAUGGAAGUAAAAAAUAUAUUGAUAUUAUUGGUAAUUCAAAACUUCCAUGUUUAGUAUUACCAAAAAUACCAUCAGACAUUGAUAAUUUCAAUGAGCUAAUGGAUUCACCAAUUAAAAAAAGUGAUGAUGAGCUAUUAUCAUCAUCAUCAACAACAAUUUCUGAUUAUAAUUCAGAUGUAUCAUUAAUGUCACCAACAAGUGGUAGUGGUGGUGGUAUUGAUUAUCAUAAAAAACAUAUUAAAAAAUUAAAAAAUUAUAAUGAAUUACCACCACCAAUGUUUGAUUCAUCAGAACCACUUGAUGUAUCUGAUGCUGAUGUACAACGUAAGCUAAUGGCAAUGCCACGUUUAUCACCACAAAAAGUUAUCAAGAAAAAUUCUAAAAAUUAUUUGGCAAAUAAUAUGUCAGCUGAAAGAUUACAAUUAUCAUUGGAAUUAAUUGACAUGACUAUUGAAGAAGUUAUUAAUAAUAGCUCAAUUGGUAUAUCAUAUGAAUUACCACCAAAAGUUAAUGUUAAAAAAAAAUGUUAUAGAAAAAAAAUUGAUGGUAAAUUAACAACAAGUAAUAAUGAUAAUAUACUUGAUGAUAAAUUAAUACCAAAACAAGAAAAUUUAGAUUUAAGUUUUUCACCAAAACAUGAAAUAACCAGUCCAAUGUCAUCACCACAACAACAAUUAACAUCAACAUUUAAUGAUGAUAAUAAUGAAGAUGUUAAAGAUAUUGAAAAACAAUAUUCUUCAUUUAUUGAAAAUGAAAAUUCAACAGCAACGACAACAGCUGAUGUUAAACCAUUUUAUCAACAAUUUAAUCAAAAUUUCACAACAAUUAAUUCACAACCAAUGAAAAAUUAUACAACAAAUGACAUAAUUAAAGCACCAGUAUUAAAUGUACCAUCAAGAACACAAGAAACAUCAACAUCACAAACAUAUGAUGAGCGAGAAGCUCUAAAUGCAGCUGGUAGUUUACUUGUAUUAAAACAAAAAUCACGUUUAAUGCCAGAAAAAGGUAUAAAUUCAAACAACAACAACAACAACAUUGUCAUACUAUCACCAUCAAAUACAAAAUUAUUAAAAAAUAAAAUUUUAUUAUCUAAACAAAUGAUAAAUAAUAAUCAAGAAUCAUUAAGUAUAGAUAAAGAAUCAUUAAACGAACAACAAAUUGGUGAAUUAUGCCCAAAACCAGUAUUUAAUAUUAAUAAUUCAUCAUUAACAUGUAGUAAUAAUAAUAAUAAUAGUAAUAGUGCUAGCAGUAAUAGUGGUGAUAAUAGUAAUAGUGGUAAUAGUAAUAAUAGUAAUAGUAAUAGUGGUGAUGACAAUGAUCAACAAGAAAAUCAAGAUAUUACAAGUAAUAAGAAAGUUUGUCAAUUAAAUAAUAAUGGAAUAUUAUUAAAUGCAUACAUGACUAGUAGUAAUAUCAAAAAAUUAACACCACAACAACAACAACAAAUAUUAAUUACACAAAACGAUAGUAAUAUUAAUAAUAGUAAUUUAUUAAAGUCAACACAAAAUUCAUCAAUUGUUGCUGUUGAUAAUGAUGGUGAUAACAAUCAUACUGUGAAAACAGUUGCAUUCCCAAUAAAACAAAAUUCAACACAACUUGUACAAGCUUCAAUAUUAAAAAAAUUGGGUGAUAGAAAUAAUAGUGUUGAUAUUGUUGUUCCACAACCACAAUAUUCAUUAACAAAUCAAAAAAAUAUAAAUUUACAAACACAAUAUGUAUCAUUAAAAAAAGUUGAUAUUAAAAAAAAUCAACGUAAAAUAUUACCAGCAAAAUUAAUUGUUAAUAAUUCAGUAAUUGAUGAGUCAAAAGCACCAGCUUUAUAUAUUGAUGAUACAAUGCCAACACUUGAACCAAGAAUAUGUACAAUGUUAACACAAGUUGAUAAUUCAACAACAACAUCAUCAACAAAUUUAUUAGUUGAUAAAACCAAAGACAAUAAUGAUAUACAAUAUGUUACAAGCACUGAACAAAUUUUAGCAUCAUCAUCAUCAUCAUCACCAUCACAAGACAAUUCACCAGCUGGUAUUAAUUCACAAAUAAAAUAUAAUUUACCACAAAAUAAAUUUUUAACAAUGACAUAUUCAAAAUCACCAGUUAUUAUUAAUAACAAUAAUAAUAAUGUAAAUAAAAAAUUUAAAAGUAUAAAUAAAAAAGCUACAGCAACAACAACAGCAACUGCAACACCAAUAGCAACAGCAACAACAACAACAACGACAGCAACAACAACAUCAGCAGCUAAUGAUAAAGAUGGUGAUUUACAACCACCAGUAUUGAGUGUUGAAAAUUAUUAUCCAUCAGCAGAUAAAUAUAGAAAACCACAUACUAAAACACCAAGUCCAGUACUUUAUAUACCUGGUCAUGUAUCAAAAUUGAUAUAUCCAAAUAAAUUUGAUCUUGAAUUGAUGAAAAAAUACAAUGAUUAUUGGAGUAAUCAAAAUUCUCAUUGUGCAAUAUGUACUGGUUUUUCAACACCUAAAAAUGGUGCAAGUAGACAAAUGCCACCAGAUUGGAAAUUCACAAAAUUAUCAAUGAUACCAAGUGAAUCACCAAUAUGGAUAUCAUCAUCAAUAUUUGCAUCAAAGUCACGUAAACGUGGUUGUCAUCAUGAAGAUAAUAAAUUAUAUAAAUGUCGUGAUUGUCAUGUUACAAUACAUGCAUCAUGUUAUGGAAUAACAGUACCACCAACUGAUCCAGAUAAUUGGACAUGUGAUAAAUGUAAAUCUGGUAUACUACACGUUAUGUGUUGUUUAUGUCCAAUAAGAGGUGGUGCUGUUAAAAGAACAAGUGACAAUCAAUGGGCACAUAUAUUAUGUUCAUUAUUAAUACCAGGUGUUACAUUUAAAGAUGCCAUUAAUAAAGAUCCAAUAAAUGUACUUGCUAUUAAACCAGAAGCUGUACAACAACUUUGUUCAUGUUGUGGACAAAAAAUUGGAGCAUGUUUAAAGUGUCGUCAUUGUAAUUCAUUAUUUCAUCCAACUUGUGGUCUUGUUGCUGGUGCAACAUUUAUAAUACCUGUUCAUAAUUCAUUGGAGCUACAAAUUAAUUGUCAUAAUCAUUCAAACAGAAGAGAAAAUCUACCAAUUGUUAGAAAAGGUGAAACUGUAUGGGCAAGACAUUCAAAUUCACGAUAUUAUCAAGGAAAUGUUGAAAAAAUGGAUCUUCAACUUUAUUACAUGGUUAAAUUUGAUGACAAUAGUUUUAGUGAUGAUUUAUUUCCUUGUGAUAUUAUUAAUUAUGAAGAAAAUAGAAUACCUGAAAUGGGUGCUUCUGUUCAAGUCAAAUGGACUGAUGGCUCAAUUUACAAUGGUGUAUUUGAAGGCACCAAUCCACGUACAUUAUAUACAGUGAGAUUUGAAGAUGGUUCACAUAGAGCCAUUCAACGAGAUCAGAUUUAUGGACUUGAACAAGAAAUGCCAGCAAAAGUACGAUCGCGUUUGUCGACUGCAUCUGAAAUGAAGCAUCGUUAUCACCUUUAUGGCACUGAGGGAGAAUUUAUACCACAAAGAAGUGCAAAAAAAUCAGCUUGCAAAAUAUAAUUAAUUUAUUUUAAUUAUCUUAUAAUCAUGACUGAAUUAUAUUUCAAUUUUUUUUUUUAAUUUUUUCUUUGUACAUAAACUUUAGCUCUUAUAACAAUGACAAUUAUAAUUUUUUAUAUUUAAAUACAGACGAAAUUUCGAUUAUUCUGUAAUAUAGAAGAAAAAAAAUCGAAAAAAUUAUCAAAAAUUGACGAGAUACGGAAAAUCUUAAAAAUAGAUCGAAAUAUAAUUAACUUUAUUUUUUAAAUAUAAUUUUUUUUAUU